CCACCAACACAACCUUCUCCACAAUUGCCAAACCACCGUUUUUUAUUCCAGGGCGUGCACGCUGCCGCCGCUGCGUGCAUUUCCAUUAAAUCAUAGGCUUAUGGCCUGCCCAUCUCUGCCGCCGGCCACCAUCACCUCCGUCAUUCUCAUUGUGAUCUCAUUGGAGCUGAUUGUGUGUUGGGGCGCUCACACGGAUGCAGAAGCGCUCCUCAAGUUCAAAAGCUCUCUUGAAAUAAGCAAUGAUGCGUUACGUGAUUGGGGCCCGGAGUCCUCCCCUUGCUCCGAGAACAAGGCGAAUUGGGUGGGUAUUAUUUGCCACAAGGGCCAUGUUUGGGGCUUGAAGCUCGAGCACAUGGGGCUGAAGGGCAGCAUUGACAUGGAGUCCCUCGAAGGGAUCCCCUUUUUAAGGAUUAUUAGCCUUAAGAACAAUAAUUUUGAGGGCUCUUUGCCGGAUGUCAAGAGAGUUGGGGCAUUGAAAUCUCUGUUUUUGUCUGGAAACCAAUUCUCAGGCAGCAUUCCUGGGGAUUCGUUUUCCAACAUGAUGUCUUUGAAGAAGGUUCAUUUGGCACACAACCAGUUUGAGGGUCCGAUUCCUUGGUCCUUGGUCGAGUUGCCUCGCUUAUUGGAGUUGAGGCUGGAAGGAAACAAGUUUUCUGCCCGAAUUCCUAAUUUCCAGCAGAAGGCAUUCAAGUCCUUUAAUAUCUCCCAUAACGAUCAACUUCAUGGCCCAAUCCCACAAGCCCUCUCCCGCAUGGAUCCAUCCUCCUUUUCAGGCAUUGAAGGCUUAUGUGGACCGCCACUUAAUAAACCAUGCAAUACCGCAGAUAUGCCAUCAAUCGCGAGCAUCAUCAUGGUUUCAAUAGCUCUGACACAAGCUUUGCUUGCCAUCGGUGCAGGAAUAGUAAUCCUUAGCCGUCGGAACCAAUCAUCUUCUUGUGAAGAGGUUCCAGCCAACGGCAAAUCUCCAGGUGCUAGAGCGUUAGAUCCAGGAGUCGGGGCAAAGUCACCGGACCGUGCCUCCAGUCAUGGAUCGGGGAGACGGGUGGCUGAGGGUGCUAAGUUAUCAUUUGUAAGAGAGGACUUGGAGAAAUUUGAUUUAUCAGACUUGCUUAAAGCCUCUGCACAGAUCCUAGGAAGUGGGUGCUUCGGUUCUUCUUACAAGGCAGCCAUGACCGGCGGACCUGUGGUGGUUGUAAAGAGGUUUAAGCAAAUGAACAAUGUGGAUAAAGAUGAAUUCCAAGAACAUAUGAAGAGAAUUGGAAGAUUGAAACACCCCAACUUGCUUCCUCUCGUAGCCUACUUCUACAAAAAGGAAGAAAAGCUUCUCAUAACAAACUUUGUUGAGAAGGGUAGCUUGGUUAUUCAACUUCAUGGGCAAAAAGCCGAGGGUCAACCAGCCCUUGAUUGGUCUGCAAGGUUGAAGAUCAUCAAGGGCAUUGCAAAGGGUCUUCGCUAUCUCUACAGUGAGCUUCCAAGUCUCAUAACCCCACACGGCCAUCUCAAGUCCUCAAAUGUGCUUCUCAAUGCCAACUAUGAGCCCCUUCUUUCGGACUAUGGCCUGAUCCCAGUUAUCAACCAAGAGCACGCCCAAGAUCUAAUGGUGGCCUACAGAUCCCCGGAGUACAACCAACAAGGUCGCAUCACAAAGAAAACAGAUGUGUGGAGCUUUGGGCUGUUGAUCCUAGAGAUUCUAACAGGGAAACUCGUAGCCAACUUUCUGCAUCAGGGCAAGGGUGGGGACGAGGAAGAUUUGGCAAGUUGGGUCAAAUCCAUUCCUGCGACAGAAUGGAAUAGCCAAGUAUUUGAUAAGAACAUGGGGCCAACCAAGAGCAGCGAGGGUGAGAUGAUGAAGCUUCUGAGGAUUGCAUUAGCAUGUUGCGAGAGCGACUUUGAAAAGAGGCUGGAUUUGAGAGAGGUUGUGGAGAAGAUUGAGGAGUUGAAAGAAAAAGAUGGGGAUGAAGAUUUUUAUUCUUCAUACGCCAGUGAAUCUGAUGUUAGAUCUUCAAGAGGGUUAUCUGAUGAACUCAAUUUUACCAUGUGAGUUGGGGCUUGAGUUAAAAAGGCUUAUAAAGCAACAGCAGAUACCUCAUGAGAAGACGAUACAACUCACCUGCUAAUUCUAGCAGAAGGAUGUGAGGUUGAAGAUGAAGAUACAGUGGAGCAGGGGCUUUUCGAUGAAUAGAAUAGGUUUUGAACGUAGAAUGGGAAAUUAUUGUGUUUCCUUUGGCUCAACAAUGCUUAGGAAGUUCGAUUCAUGAAUGGUAAU